AUGAUAUCUCCCUACCUCCUCUUCCUCCUCCCCGCCCUCUCCCUUGCGCAGCAACAGACACGCUCCGACACCCGCACCCUCACCGUGACCAACAACUGCCCCUACACCAUCUGGCCCGGCCUACUCACAUCCAAUGGUACCGGCCCCGCCACCACCGGCUUUGAGCUCGCGGCCACCUCCAACCGCUCCGUGACCGUCGGCUGGGACUGGGUUGGCCGCAUCUGGGGCCGCACAAACUGCACUUUUGGCGCCGACGGCGCUGGCUACUGUCUUACGGGCGACUGUGGAAACAAGCUUGAGUGCCAGGGCGCAGGGCAACCACCGACGACGCUGGCAGAAUUCACGAUCAGUGGGAGUGGGGAGCAGAGUUAUUUCGAUGUGAGCCUGGUGGAUGGGUAUGAUCUGGAUAUGAAGAUCACACCACAGUAUCAGAACGGCGAGGGGAAUAGUCCGUCUUGCGUAAUGACCUCCCCCGUUGAUGACAAAGCCAUCACACACUGGUGUCCCUUCGACCUUCUCGUCUUCCCGCCUCCAAAGUCCCCGCGUGACAGUGCGGCGUUCUGGUACCCCGAUGACAACCUUGAGCGCCCGCUGCUCUCCCCGUGUCUGAGUGCCUGCGCGAAAUGGAACAAGCCCGAAGACUGCUGCAAGGGGAAGUGGGAUGACCCGAAAAAGUGUAAGCCGAGCUUGUACAGCAGCAAGGCGAAGGCAGUGUGCCCAGAUGCAUACAGUUAUGCGUAUGAUGACCAUCUGAGCACAUUUACCGUGCCGACGGGACAGGGCUUUGAGGUGACGUUUUGCCCGGCGGGAGAGAGUUCGGAUAUCAUGAUGGAGAGGGGGGUGACGUCGGGAGCAGCGGGAGGGUGGAAGGGUGGGAUGAGCGCGGUGUUGGCGGUGGCAGGUGUGGUGGGUAUGGUAAAUAUGUUGUAG